AUGAGCGCCGCCGCCCCGGCUCCGGAGCCCGACCCGCAGGAGGGGGGGGCCGGGCACGGCCCCGGCCCCGGCCCGGCCCGGGAGGAGGCCAGCCCGCAGGAGGAGUUUGACUUCUCCAUCCUCUUCGACUACGACUACCUGAAGCCGAUAGAAGAAGAACCGACUCCACAUAAAACCAACAGCCCACCCUCUGGAGUUACAUACCCUCAUGAUGUCUUGGACUGUGGCCUCAAGCCAUGCCCCCUGCCUUAUUCUAGCCUUUCUGCAGAUCCCAUGGGCAGAUAUGGACAGCCAGAUAGCAUAGGGACAACACCUACACACCCUGCCAACGCUGCAGGGGCCUCUGCUCCGAGCCCUAGGAUUGAAAUUACUCCAUAUCAUGAACUGAUUCAUUCAGGGGGUCCCUUCCGCAGCAGAGACACAGAUGUUCUUUUGGUAGAACAUCAGUCAAACUCAGCUACCACUAGCCCAAGGGUUACCCUGCCUGUCCCUGGCUUUGAGGGCUACAGAGAACCACUGUGUCUGAGCCCAGCUAGUAGCGGCUCCUCUGCAAGUUUCAUUUCAGAGACAAAUGUAUCUCCUUGCACAUCACCAUGUGUUUCACCAAAUAAUGGUCCUAGUGAUGACCUUUGUCCACAGUUUCAAAACAUCCAUACUCAUUAUUCUCCUAGAACCUCUCCAAUAAUGUCACCACGAACAAGCAUCACGGAGGAAACCUGCUUGGGACGACAUUCACCAUCACCCUGUCCCAACUCAAGGUCUUCAUCACCAGGUGCAAAACGGAGGUACUCUUGCACUGAGCUCUACAGUACUCAGCUGCCUUCCACUUCUCCACGACAGUCAAGGACCCCCUCUCCACAAUCCUCUCCUCGCAUCCCCUUGAGAGAAGACAACUCUUCAGUUACUUACACACAGUUGCCCAGCGCUUCUCUUUCCAUGGAUGCUAUGAGCAGCCUUCCUACGGAUCCUUCCUGCGGUGUUCCCACGAAAAUUUGGAAAACCAGCCCGGAUCCUUCAUCAAUGCCUUCCCACAAAAACAUUCCAUGUCACGUCUUUCAGACUGUUGACUUCCAUGGGCCUUGCGAGCAGGAGGACAGGAGAAACUCAGCCCCGGAAUCAAUUUUGUUGGUACCUCCAUCCUGGACAAAGCAACUGGUGCCUGCAAUCCCUAUCUGCAGUUUGCCCGUCCAGUCGCUCCCGCCCCUGGAGUGGCCACUCUCCAGCCAGUCUGGCUCCUACGAGCUGCGGAUCGAGGUGCAGCCGAAGCCCCACCACCGGGCGCACUACGAGACGGAGGGAAGCCGAGGGGCCGUCAAGGCGCCGACCGGAGGCCACCCCGUUGUCCAGCUUCACGGUUACAUGGAGAACAAACCCUUGGGUCUUCAGAUCUUCAUUGGGACAGCAGAUGAACGGAUACUUAAACCUCACGCUUUCUAUCAAGUCCAUCGCAUUACGGGAAAAACUGUCACCACCACCAGCUAUGAAAAGAUCAUUGGCAACACCAAAGUUUUAGAAAUCCCCCUGGAACCCAAAAACAACAUGAAAGCCACCAUUGACUGUGCAGGGAUUUUGAAGCUGAGGAACGCAGACAUCGAGCUGCGCAAGGGAGAGACGGACAUCGGCAGGAAGAACACCCGCGUCCGGCUCGUCUUCCGCGUGCACAUCCCCGAGUCCAGCGGCAGGAUCAUUUCUCUGCAAGCAGCCUCAAACCCCAUCGAAUGCUCCCAAAGAUCUGCUCAUGAACUUCCAAUGGUCGAAAGACAAGAUAUUGAUAGCUGCCUUGUUUAUGGAGGACAACAAAUGAUCCUGACUGGACAAAAUUUCACAGCAGAGUCCAAGGUGGUGUUCACAGAGAAAACAUCAGAUGGGCAGCAGAUCUGGGAAAUGGAGGCAACAGUGGACAAAGAUAAGAGCCAGCCUAGCAUGCUCUUUGUAGAAAUACCAGAGUACCGUAACAAGCACAUUCGCACAGCUGUGAAGGUGAAUUUCUAUGUCAUCAAUGGAAAAAGAAAAAGAAGCCAACCCCAGCAUUUUACCUAUCACCCAGUACCAUCAAUCAAAACAGAGCCCAUUGAUGACUAUGAUCCAGCCUUAAUCUGCAAUACAGUACACAGUGGUCUGGGAACAGUAACACAGCCUUACUAUUCACAGCACACAAUGGUCACCGAAUCCCCUUCCUGUCUUGUGGCCACUAUGGCUCCUUGCCAGCAGUUGCGCUCAGGCCUUUCUUCUCCUGAUUCUCGAUACCAUCAGCAGAAUCCAGCCGCUGUAAUAUACCAAAGAAGCAAGAGCCUUAGCCCGAGCCAACUGGGCUACCAGCAAUCCAAUUUGAUGGCCGCUCCAGUUGCUAUUUCAGAUGCCCAUAGGUCAGUGCUGGUGCACGCUGGUUCUCCGGGCCAGACUUCAGCAGUGCUCCACCACUCUCCAGGCAACCAGCAGUCUUCUCCAGUGAUUCACUAUUCUCCAACCAACCAGCAGCUGAGGUGUGGUAGUCACCAAGAAUUUCAGCACAUCAUGUGCUGUGAAAAUUUUACGUCCAAUGUUGCAAGAUCCAACCAGCCCCAGGUCAGUCAAGCACAAAGGUUAAGUCCGAGUUCAUAUCCUACCGUGAUUCAGCAGCAGACAGCCUCAGGCCAGCGAGCAGCAAAAAAUGGACCACCGGUUAGUGAUCAGAAAGAAGUGUUACCAGCUGGAGUCACUAUUAAACAGGAGCAGAAUCUGGACCAAGCAUAUCUGGACGACGAGCUGAUAGAUACACACCUUAGCUGGAUACAAAACAUUAUAUGAAAAAGAAUGACUGUGAUCUUUGAUCCAAGCAAUCAAAAAGAAAGUUAAUGAAAUUAUCAGGAAGGAAUUUUCUGGACUCCCUGCCAGAAAUCAGACAUAGAAGAGACAACUUUUACCAAAUCCUUCCAUAACUGACCUCUUAGAUCCUUCCAAUGCCCCUGUAACC